AUGAAUAGACCUAUUAGCCUCCACUGAAGUUCAGCUAUAAAUACUUGACAUAGCUUCACUCUCCAAAUAUACCAAAAACCAAUUUCCAGAGUUCUUUUUCUUAAGAUGGAGCUCUUGUGGAAAACUCACAUAAGGGUGAUUAAAAUAGUUUAUGUUCUCUUUGUGGUAACACUGUUGUGUCCAAAAAGAGCUGAGAGUAGAAAAGCUAGAAUUGUGACAGCUUCUUUUGAGUACAAUGGUAUAAACUGCAGAGCUCAGAGUGCUUCAUUGACAGAUUUUGGUGGUGUUGGAGAUGGAAAAACAUCUAAUACAAAGGCUUUUGAGUCUGCAAUUAGUCACUUGAGUCAGUAUGGUAAUGAAGGUGGUUCUCAGCUGUAUGUUCCUGCAGGAAAAUGGCUUACUGGUAGUUUCAGCCUUACUAGUCAUUUCACUCUCUAUUUGGAUAAAGAUGCUAUUCUCCUUGCUUCUCAGGAUAUAACUGAGUGGCCUGUGAUUGAACCUUUACCAUCAUACGGUAGAGGGAGAGACGCACCAGCAGGAAGAUACACCAGCCUCAUAUUUGGAACUAACCUCACCGAUGUUAUUGUCACAGGGGAAAAUGGGACCAUAGAUGGUCAAGGUGCAUUUUGGUGGCAACAAUUUCACAGAAAAAAGUUGAAGUACACUCGUCCCUACCUGAUUGAACUUAUGUUCUCAGACACCAUUCAAAUCUCAAAUCUAACUCUCCUCAAUUCUCCAUCAUGGAAUAUUCAUCCUGUUUACAGCAGCAACAUUAUUGUGCAAGGAAUCACUAUUAUUGCUCCUGUCUCAUCUCCUAAUACAGAUGGUAUCAACCCAGACUCUUGCACAAAUACAAGAAUUGAAGAUUGCUAUAUAGUUUCUGGGGAUGACUGUGUUGCUGUGAAGAGUGGAUGGGAUGAAUAUGGCAUAAAAUUUGGGAUGCCAACCAAACAACUAGUAAUCAGAAGGCUAACAUGCAUUUCACCAUACAGUGCAACCAUAGCCUUGGGAAGUGAAAUGUCAGGAGGGAUACAAGAUGUUAGAGCUGAAGACAUCACAGCCAUUCGAACAGAAUCAGGUGUCAGGAUUAAAACAGCUGUUGGUAGAGGAGGUUAUGUGAAGGACAUAUAUGUGAAGAGAAUGAACAUGUAUACUAUGAAAUGGGCAUUUAAGAUGACAGGUGAUUACAAUUCACAUGCUGAUACACAUUAUGACCCUAAUGCUUUGCCUGAGAUUUCAAAUAUCAACUAUAGAGACAUUGUGGCUGAGAAUGUUACAAUAGCAGCUAGGUUUGAAGGAAUUUCUAAUGACCCUUUUAAGGGAAUUUGUAUUGCUAAUGUGACACUAGGGAUGGCAGUUAAAGCUAAGAAACAGCCAUGGACUUGUACUGAUAUUGAAGGGAUGACUAGUGGUGUGACACCUCCACCUUGUGCUUUGUUGCCUGAUCAAGGGAUUGAGAAAAUCACAGCAUGUGACUUUCCAAAAGAGAACUUGCCUAUUGAGAAUUUGGAGCUUAAGAAGUGUACUUACAGCAUGAAAUAUAUUGAAAUGUAUUAGUCUAUGUUGGUUACUAUUUAUGAAUGGUGUUUCAAAUUAGAGUAAUCAAACAGUUUUUUAUUUUCUCUUAGUCUAUGGAACUUGAUGAUGAUGUAAGAUUCAAAGUUAAUAUUGAUAAACUUUUUCAA